GUAAGGUGAUUCGACGUCAGUGUUAUAAAAGAUGAAAAUAAUCUUAGCCAGUGUAAUCAGCGGUCUAAAUAUUUAUAUUUUCAUAUUGAAACUGGACACUAUAUUCACGACUCAAAAAGAAUUCAAUCGUUUCUUUGUUACGUUGGUUUUAGGACUUUUUAAAGGAAAAGUGGCACUUCCACCAAUAAAAAAACUUCAGUUUUAUUUUCAAUUUCGUUUCACUAAAAUGCUACAAAUGCUAAAUACUAGACAUUAUAAAAAGAGUGAAUAAAAACUUUUAUKUUUUAUAAAAAUUGCUUUAUCCCUUCAUUUAGGGAGGGCAGGGGUCAGCAACAGGAAAGGAAGUACCGUACUCUUCCCAAUAACCCCAAAUUAGCAUUACUAUUACUAUUACUAAUUCCUAUUACUAUCGGUUCCCGGAAGGCGGGAAAGUCUGUUAGCGUCUAACAAGAAAUGCAAUCCACUAAAAAUAACCAAGUUGCCAAUAUAAACUGACAUCACGUGUUUACGCCGCUUCUCAGAAAUGGCUUUGGAAAGCUUCCAAUACAAUAACACUGACAUUGUAACACACAAUGCGCAAGUAACACAAUGGAGAAGGAGAGUSCACCAAAACGGAGCUGCAUCUUCUUGCCUUGCUGUGUUCGCAUCUUGCUUACAUUGUUACUGAUAGUUUCAGUAUCGAUGAAUGCCGUUGUGAUGUGGCAAAUUAAUGUACUCCAACAYGAGUUUCUWCACCAGGAAGUCACAAUUCGCAAUCUGCAGUCUUCUAAGAACAAUGGAACGUCGACUGAAUCGAAGAAUCGACGYGAUUUGGARUCAYUGCAGAGGAAAAUCGACCAGCUUUCAGCUAAGCCGAUAGGCACCUAURUGAUAAGCGAAAGCAUUCAUUUGGUUGGUGACCAGAAGAAGUUUCCACUGAAAGCGUUUGAUCAGAAAGUCAAGUCAUGGGUGGUCAAUCACAGACAGGGUACCAUUGGCUACGUGGACAAAGAUGGCGCCAUUGUGAUCAGUGUUCCAGGAACGUACUACAUUUAUUGUCAAAUGCAUUACUACAACGAGAAAGAACACUUAACGGGUCAYWUCACYUACAUCAACGACAUUAAGAUUUUGGAAAGCAUYGUUGGGAUUUCCAACGGCUCAUUCAGCAAACACUUCACCAAGCAACAUGGCGGCUUGUUCCGAGUUGACCGGAAUGACAGAAUCCAAGUCCGUUUACCCUUCUCACAUAACUCGUACAAAUUCACCAGGAUUUCGAGUUACUUCGGAGCCUUCCGAGUAGGUCCUUAGGUAACAAAAGCAGAUUUAAAGGCCCACUUCCAMCCAAGAACCUUUGCGAGCGUUGGUUUCUUUUGAAAACGUUGUUGUUUUGAAAAUUGUGUUUAAAUUGUAUCAAAAUAUAUAUCUAGAUACAGCAAUUUCAGAAAACGUUGAACUGGCUGGAGAAUUUUCAUGACUUUACACUGAAUAUACCAUCCCCGCACAGUCAAAAACUUCAAUGGAAAGCAAUUAGUUUGGAAUUGUCACUUUGUUUACGUAGCUAGCGUGGAGUUUACUAGUAACAAUGCAUUGCGGCCUUGGAAUUCACUAUAUAUUCAGAAUUUCAACGUUUUCUGAAAUAGCUGUUUUGUGUUGGAACACGAGAUGACUGUCCUCCCAAAAACGGGAAAGUUUAACAUGAUCAUCCAUGAAUUCUCUAAGAGAGCGAUUUUCCAUUGUGAACAUAAACGCGCAAAGGUUGUCGGGUGCAAGUGGCCCUUUAAUGACAAUUUAAUGACAGUUUUUUGCGUAAUUGCCUUUUACUGAAUUUACAGAAAUUAAUCAAACCUCGAACGAUACUGAAUUCUCGCCUAUUGACGAGAUAAUAUCGGUAAUAAUAGCGGUAAAUCCCACUAUAUUCAAUCUGAUGUAAAAAGUAGAGUUCACUCAAACAUUACUGUACACACGUGUUUGUAAAGCAGAGAUAUUGUAAAUACUUUAUUUUUAAAGCUCGCAAGGAAAUGAAAUGUAGCAAUGAUAUCCAGUAUAUCGGCUGUGAUUUUUGAAAAAAAAGUCAUUUAAAAGGA